GGGAGAGGUAGGAUAGGCUGCUUGCCCACCGCAGCACCAACUAGACAACCCAAGAACUGCGGGCAUAAACAAAUGCACGCAUUAUCUGUGGCGCAUGACUGGGGAGCAAUUGUAAGGGUCAAAAAGAUACAUUCUUAAUUAGCAGGCUGUGCCACUCCUCGUUAAUGUUUGCCACAAGUUAAAUCGGUCGGAUUACGAGUGCGGACAUUUAUUUCAAGACCAGCUUGUUGUGUUGCUUCGGAGUCUUCCAUGUAUUGUGAGUGAAACAACGAAGAAAUGACGGAGCUGCGAAAGAGGGGAGGAGGCGGGGACCCUGACAGCACAGAAAACAUCAGUGACAAGGAGACAGAUGGAGAGGACAGGCUGGGUCUGGCUGCGGAGGGUGAAGGCGAGGGAGAGGGAGAAGGGGAGGGGGAGUCCAAAGGUGACACUCCGGACGUACCCCCCUCCGUAGACAACACUCCCGAGUGUCUCAACAAGGCCCUGGAGGGCCUAUCGUCCAGAUGGAAGAACUGGUGGAUACGAGGGGUGUUGUCGUUAGCUAUGAUCUUCGGAUUCUUCCUCAUCAUCUACCUGGGGCCCAUCAUGCUCAUACUGGUGGUGAUGAGUGUCCAAAUCAAGUGCUUCCAUGAGAUCAUCACCAUCGGCUACAGGGUCUACCAUUCCUAUGAGCUGCCCUGGUUCAGGACACUCAGCUGGUAUUUCCUGGUGUGUGUGAACUACUUCUUCUAUGGGGAGACGGUGGCUGACUACUUUGGCGCCCUGGUGCAGAGAGAGGAGCCUCUGCAGUUCCUCGUGCGCUACCAUCGCUUCAUCUCCUUUGCACUCUACCUGGCAGGUUUCUGCAUGUUUGUGCUGAGUUUAGUGAAGAAACAUUACCGCCUGCAGUUUUACAUGUUUGCUUGGACCCAUGUGACGCUGUUGAUUGUGGUCACUCAGUCACACCUUGUCAUUCAGAACCUGUUUGAAGGAAUGAUCUGGUUCAUCGUGCCCAUCUCCAUUGUCAUCUGCAAUGACAUCAUGGCUUAUCUGUUUGGCUUCUUCUUCGGGAGAACCCCCCUGAUCAAGCUGUCUCCAAAGAAGACCUGGGAAGGAUUCAUCGGAGGAUUCUUCUCCACCGUCUUCUUCGGCUUCAUUGGUGCCUAUCUGCUGUCUCAGUACCAGUACUUUGUGUGCCCGGUGGAGUACAGUAAUGAGAGGUAUCGCUUCACUAGCCUGGAGUGCGAGCCCUCAGAGUUGUUCGUCAUGCAGGAGUACACACUACCCGCCAUGGUGCAGAACACACUCCGAUGGAGGACGGUGAACCUGUACCCGUUCCAGGUCCAUAGCAUCUUCCUCUCCUGCUUCGCCUCCCUCAUCGCCCCCUUCGGAGGCUUCUUCGCCAGCGGCUUCAAGAGGGCCUUCAAGAUCAAGGACUUUGCCGACACCAUUCCGGGUCACGGAGGGAUCAUGGACCGCUUCGAUUGUCAGUACCUAAUGGCCACCUUUACGCACGUUUAUAUCGCCAGCUUCAUCAGAGGGCCCAACCCCAGUAAGGUCCUGCAGCAGCUGUUGGUCCUGAGCCCGGAGCAGCAGCUCAACAUCUUCAACACGCUACGCAGCCACCUGAGAGACAAGGGCAUGCUGCCCCCUGCUGUCGUGGAGGCCCAGUGAUCUCACACACACCACACCACACCACGCACACUGCACACCAGGAUCCUACAACCCCUUACACACUCACACACACACACACACACACACACACACACACACACACACACACACACACACACACACACACACACACACACACACACACACACACACACACACACACACACACACACACACUCUCACACACACACACACUCACACAGAUACUGCCUUUGGAAAAGGAAAGAAACCAGACAACUGUCCUGUACCCUGCACAAGAUUAAUCCCUUAACAGUCGUGGUGGUGGUGAAUGUGAUGGCACAUGUGCAUGUGUCUCCUAGCAAUACGACACCCUCUACUACGUAAGGCAACAUGUUGCAUCAGCACCAUCAACAGGAGCCAUAGUUAUGUAUAUACGUAUAUACAGUAGUGUGCCUCUCUCAUGUCCCCUGAGCAUGUGUGGAUUGAAGAAAACAAAAACACCCCCCUCCCCCCGUUCCCCAUCCCCGUCCCCAUCCCCAUCCCCGUCCCCAUCAGGCUGUGAAGUUGGACCCAUAAGGCUUCCGGUUUUGUUGCACCCCUUUCGCUCUCCCUCUCUUCUCUUCCUCCUUCUCUGCUCUCCUUUUCAAUGGGUCUAACUCUACGCUUUUGGCCUGUGUGUAUUACGAGUCAUCGGUCAAACUGAGGUAGGCAGUGGAAGCAUCGGAGGUGGAUACUGGCGCAGGAGUUGUAGCCCCACCUGCUGGUCAAGAAGACUUGGUAGCUUGCACUGAUAUUUCAAAGCUUCUACAACGCCAUCAAACUACUGUAGCCCUGGCUUUCAUUUUUCAAGAUAUCUUUCACGUUUUUAUUUACUUUUUUUGCUGAUUCUUUUUGUUGUACUCUGCUUUCUCUUCGGUGGUAAUGGACAUGAGUAAAUACUGUAGUGUUAUUGGCUUUUUGCAGUGUAAGCCCCCUGCAGUCUCUCUCCAGCUCCACUCAGCAUGUUGUUGUAGCCAAGACCCAUAAUGUUCCUCUCUGCUGCUGAUCUAAAGCCAUGUCUUCCCCUCUUUCACACCUCGGCAGGUGUGUGUGUGUGUGCGUGCGUGCGUGCGUGCGUGCGUGCGUGCGUGCGUGCGUGCGUGCGUGCGUGCGUGUGUGUGUGUGUGCGCGCGUGCUUGCGUGCGUGUGUGUGCGUGUGCAUGCGUGCGCGCGUGUGUGCGUGCGUGUUUGUGCGCGUGCGUUUGGUUAGUGUGCUAGAUCAGACCAACCAACCGCUGACUUGCACCUUUGAGAACAGUCGUCAAGGAGACGCAUUACUAUAGCAACCGACCCCUUAACUACCCCAGCCUCCCCACCCCUCCCCACCCCUAGAGGCCCAGUCCGGCCCCAAUGUUGUACAUAUCUCUUGCCUAGGACUGUACAGAACUAUAGUAUACACUUGAUAUAGAUACUAUUUAAAAUGAAGAGAAUCUAUUAAGAAUAUACACCCUUUAUUACCUUUGUGUCUUUGUGUCAGGCGCUAGUGUACACUUUAGAGCAACGGAAACAAUGACCAUGAGCUAGAACUACUUCAGAUCAUUUUGUUUUAAAGUUCCUAUAAUGUCUAGCAUGAAACAAGCUUCACCCCACCCAUGUGGGGACGUCGACAACAAACAAACAACCAAGAAAAAAAGAAAAAAAACGGUGAUGGGUGAAGGAAUGUCGAAGAUGAAAAUGAAUGAGAGGGAAAAAUAUAUACUUGAAGUGGCCGCUGCUGGUGUGGUUUUCAGGUGUGUGUGGUCUUUGUGUGUAGUCAGGGGAUAUCAGAGGGAGUUGUAACACCACUGCACACCCAGCGUACCGGUCCGACUUUUAAGUUGCACUGCACUGGAAGAGGACCUACUGUCGGAAAGAAGAGUGAGAGAGAGAGUUUUUCUCCACAGAAGGUUCCGGACUCAUGUUUUUUUUUUUUUUUUCGUUGAUGCCCCCCACCUUUAUACUUGUCUUCUGGGUCUGUGAACAAGGGCUUGACAUUUUGAGAUCACGUAACAUGUAAACCAAGCAGUAACUCUAACUUAUGAGCUCCUUUUCUUUUGAUUGUGUGUGCUCAGUGUAGAUUAUGGCCUUGGCGUGAAUAGGUUGAGAAAUUAGAGAUAAAAAAGAAUUGAAUUACAAUACGUGGUGUGUAAAUAUAUAUACUGAUCAUAUUUAGGAGAGCAAAGGUUUUAUCUUGCCAGUAUUUUAUUGGAUUUUUAAAGACAAUAAUAAUAGUGCUAAUAUGGGUUUCAAAAUAAGGUUCUCUUAUUAGGAUCAAUGACAAGUCUAAUUGUUUACCGAAAUGUCAACCAAAGUUGUAGUGGGUGAGUCCAACCAUCCUCGAUACAAAUGAUUCAGGACCCUCUUUUUUUCAGAAGCGUUGUUGCUAAGAAGUCAGCACCUCAGUAGGUGGCCAAUGGGGAAUUGCAUUGCAAAAAAGUUGCUAACUUGGUAAGCAACGUCGCUUCCGAGAAACUCACCCUUGCACAGUAAAUGCUACAAUGUUACUUCAACACGUAGAGUUGAGAGUUGAAAAAAUGUAACACUCAUGGUGUUGAAUUAACACUGCAAUAUUUACUGUGUGAAUGCAGGCCAGUGUGACCUACUAUUAGUCCCUGCACUGAUCAAGUUCCAUUCUGUAGUAGCACUGCAGCAUAGUCUAUGGCUGAAUCCAAAAUGUUAGAGUGUAGUGGAAAGUGCGCACAUCCAGCAAAAAAGCAUCAGCAGUGUGCAGAUCCUUUCCCGCUUCUACAUGAAUCCAAAAUGUUUCCAUAUUCACUAUACAGUGUACACUAUGUAGGACUCCAAGCAAUUUAGCUGGUGCCCUAUUGUAUGUAGUUGCGUACACUAUUUACCGUUAAUUUACCGAGUGAAGAUUUUGGACGGGGCCUACUGUACCGUAUCUGUGACCCUUCUGUUCACUUUUGUACUGGGUACGCCACAAACCUAAAACUAAAAUGUGUAGAAUAAAAAAAAAACAAUAAUACUGUAUUUCUAUUGUGUAAUUCUGAAGACUUGAAAGCAUGCUGUUUUCAUUGUCUUCAUUUUUUUUUUAAAAGGUCGGUAAUGGAUUUCUUUGACUUUUCUCAAGCCUUGGAAAUAUGUAGAAGUUCCAUCAUUUGAAAAAAAAUAAAGUACUCACAACACACAAGAACCAAAAUGCAGUGCUCAUGGUCUGGCACACGAAGAGACUUUGAAUUCCUAUCCUCUUGAUGUGUGUUGUUGCACCAUCAUGGUAGUUCUAGAAAAACACACCAUAGAGAAUCCGUGCCACAACGUCAGAAUCUGAGCAUCUUAUAGCACUUCAGUCACACUACAAGUGACGGCUCUGAGAGAACUUUGGGAAGGCAUGCAAAAAAAAAAAAUCACAUUCUUCCAGCACCUGGACCAUUUUUGGACCAGGUGUGGUGGCAUCAGUGCAGACAUGCUUAGCUUUAACACCCCACCAACCCCCCUCAGCCCCCACAUGUUUGUGAACUUUGACCCCUGAACAGAGUUGGGGUCUGGAGAGAGAGAGGGGUGAGGAGAGGGCCAUGCCUGUGUGAAGUGGGACCAGUCUUGCACUGUACUACAAUGCUCUGUUCUUCAAAUACUGUCCAGCUGAAGCUUCUAGUAACAAGUGACUGUCCCGAAAUGCAGACCCUGCUUCUAUCCCACCUCAGACCACACCCCUGUACCCCGUCCUCUCGAGCCCCAAACCCUAUAUAUACAUCUUAGCCCCUCCCACCUCCUCUCAUUCCUCCAAUGGAUUGGUUUACAGCUGCUAUUUCCCCUCGCUGCUUGUCUGUCAUAGGCUUUUUGCUCCUCCCCUGUUCUACAUGUAUGGAUGUUGCAUGCAUAGUAGAAGUCUCCCCUCUCCUCUGACCAAAAAGAGAAUAAAUAAAUGAAUACAUAAAUAAAUAAAUGCCUUUAGGUACACAGGAGUAUAUGGUAGAACAUUUUUUUAAAUAAAAGAAAUAAUAUAUUAUACGUGAGCAUCAAGGCAUAAAAAAGUCAUGUUUGUAAUGACACUAUCGAAAACCUGUGCUUACAUGGGUUUUAGUUGAACUAGGUCUUGCACGGUUUUUUAGUUCUAAUGUGAAACAGGCUCUGUACUAGACUAGUGCUCCCACCUUCUCUGUGUCUGUGCUGUUAGUCUGAGAAACGGACAUGUCCAGACAACAUGCUUUUACACAUAUACUGUAUAUUCAUACUGUUGCUGUUUUUGCUUUCUUUCUUGCUAGAGAAACGUUUGGGGUCUCUAUUCUUUUUUCAGUGAUUAUUUAUGAAUAUUUUAUGUUUGAUUUAACAGAAUUGUGUUUUUUUAAUAUAAGUCUAUGGCUUUUGAAGAGGGUAAUAUUUAACUGCGUAAAAUUUUACGAUGGACAUACAUGAACAAAGCUUACGUAAUAUGGGCAAUACAGAGCAAUCUAGCAAAAACUUGGUGACUUGAAACUACUGUUUUGUUUUCAUUAUUAUUAUUAUUAUUACUAUUAUUAUUAUUAUCAUUAUGCUAUGUAUGGAGGUGAAUAAAUCUUCUAUUUUUUUCUUUA